GCACGCAGUCAGACAGCCUCCUCCCUGGGCUCGGUAGAGAGGAAGAUGGCGGACUUCCUGCCGUCCCGCUCCGUGCUGUCCGUCUGUUUCCCGAACUGCGUGCUGAACACCCGGGAGGCCGAGCAGCAGAGGAAGUCCAAGGAUAUAGACCGGACCAUUUCCCGGGAGAAGACCUAUGUGAAGCGGCUGGUGAAGAUCCUCCUCCUCGGGGCCGGAGAGAGCGGCAAGAGCACCUUCCUCAAACAGAUGAGGAUCAUCCAUGGGCAGGACUUCGACCUGAGGGCCAAGGAGGAGUUCAGGGCCACCAUCUACAGCAACGUCAUCAAAGGUAUCCGAGUGCUGGUGGACGCCCGUGAGAAGCUGCACAUCCCCUGGGGGAACCCGUCCAAUCAGAAACAUGGAGAAGUGAUGAUGGCGUUUGACACGCGCUCGGCCAUGGUAGUUCAGGGAAUGGUGGAGACGCACAUUUUCCUCACACACUUGUCGUGUAUAAAGGCAUUAUGGGCGGAUAGCGGCAUUCAGCAUGCAUAUGACCGACGCCGAGAAUUCCAGCUGGGGGAAUCUGUAAAAUAUUUCCUGGAUAAUUUGGACAAGCUCGGACAAAUGGACUACCUCCCCUCCCAGCAGGACAUAUUGCUGGCCCGUCGUCCCACCAAAGGAAUCCAUGAGUAUGACUUCGAAAUCAAAAACGUGCCUUUUAAAAUGGUGGACGUUGGGGGUCAGCGGUCGGAGCGGAAACGCUGGUUUGAAUGUUUUGACAGCGUCACCUCCAUCCUGUUCUUGGUGUCUUCCAGCGAGUAUGAUCAGGUUCUCAUGGAGGAUCGGCAGACCAACCGCCUGACCGAGUCCCUCAACAUCUUCGAGACGAUAGUCAACAACCGCGUCUUCAGCAACGUCUCCAUCAUCCUGUUCCUCAACAAGACGGACUUGCUGGAGGAGAAGGUGAAAAUCGUCAGCAUAAAGGACUACUUCCCCGAGUUUGAGGGGGAACCCCAUUGCCUCUCCGACGUCCAGAAGUACCUGGUGGAUUGUUUCCGCAACAAGCGCCGAGACCAGCAGCAGAAGCCGCUCUACCACCACUUCACCACGGCCAUCAACACCGAGAACAUCCGCCUGGUCUUCCGCGACGUCAAAGAUACAAUCCUCCACGACAACCUCAAGCAGCUCAUGCUGCAGUGAUCGCCGAACUUGAACUCUUUUAUCAUGUUUUUAUCAGAUUUUAUGUUUUUUUUUUUUUGAGGUUUUUUGUAAGAGGAAGAGAGACGAUUGUCAGCUCUUGGACUUCUGCUGAUCUUCCAAUUUUUGGAUAGUUGCCAUAAAUCUUCGCCAACUGAAGCCUUCUUUUUUUUUUUUUUUUUGCUGGAGCAUCCCAACCGGGGGUGGGCGGCGGCCUGGCAGAUUCGUGUUGUACGCGGCUCCGCCCUCGCCUUACCCGGAGGAUCCCGACGCUUCUGCCGCAGUAGCGCGUUUGCUGCCGAUGCGGAUUCCCACUGUGAGGACAUAGGAUCGCUUGCUGCGACUUCUACUUUUUUGUGUUUUUUUUUAAAAACUAGCAACGCAGGAAAGAAGCACAAUUUAUUUUUUUCCCCUUUUUUUUUUUUUUUUUUUUUUAUUUUUUUUGUAGGAGGAGCAGCGACUUUUUACACUUUGUUUUUAUAUUACUGAAGGUAUAGUAGAGGUUCCCAGGGGAGCGCCUUCUCUAGUUUUAUACUAACACCACCAACGGCUUCAAAAUUUUAGGCCUUUAAAAAAAAAAUUACAGUGUGGUGAUGUUGGCUGCAAGUUCCUUAGAACGCUAUUUUCUGAUUGGCUCUAGAAUACUUUGGGGCGGCGUUCAUGGGAACUGGAGGCUGAUGUCACUGAUGGGAAGGCCAAUGAUGAUUUAUCAGAUGCAGUAUGUUUUUUAUUUAAUUAAAGCCUUUUCUAACUUCUCA